AUGGGAUACAUAAAGGUUGAUCCGCUGGUAUCACUGAUGAUGGUAGAAAAAGUACCUGAUUCAACAUACGAGAUGAUCGGUGGCCUUGACAAACAGAUCAAAGAGAUCAAAGAAGUCAUCGAAUUGCCCGUCAAGCAUCCGGAAUUGUUCGAAGCACUCGGCAUUGCCCAACCCAAGGGUGUUCUAUUGUAUGGACCACCGGGAACCGGAAAGACACUAUUGGCAAGAGCAGUAGCACAUCAUACAGAGUGCACAUUCAUUCGCGUAUCUGGUUCGGAACUGGUGCAGAAAUUCAUUGGUGAAGGUGCGAGAAUGGUGCGCGAGUUGUUCGUGAUGGCUCGCGAACAUGCGCCGUCGAUCAUUUUCAUGGAUGAAAUCGAUUCGAUCGGUUCAUCUCGUGUCGAAGGCAGCAGCGGUGGUGAUUCGGAAGUACAACGAACGAUGUUGGAAUUGCUGAAUCAGUUGGAUGGUUUUGAGGCAACGAAAAAUAUCAAAGUUAUAAUGGCAACAAAUCGAAUCGACAUUCUUGAUCCGGCUUUAUUAAGACCUGGUGAGUGCAUUUUAUGUUGUGUGGAAAUGCUGUUGAUUUGA